UAGUAUUCUAGUAAUAGAAUGUAUCCGGAUGAGGAAUCUGAAUGCAGCCCUAAAGAGAGAGAAGUAGUAUCAAUGCACGCAUUGUAUGAACACGUGUUAUAAUCAGCUGUGACCACUAAUCACAUAAAUAUAAUAAAUUCUUUUAAUUUUCACUGCUAUCUACUGUGUAUAAAUGUCUGAAGAAAUGGAAGUUGAACUUAUGGAGGAUAUAAACGAAGAUGAAAUUAGCGAUGAUGACAAGUCCAAGGAAAAUGAGAACGAUAACGAAGAUCAAGAGAAAAUCGUAUCAAAGGUGUAUCUUCCAGGAGAGAUUUUGGAAGAAGGAGAAGAGCUUAUUGCUGAUAAAUCAGCAUACAGGUUAUUGCAUCAAGCACAAUCAGGUGCACCCUGUCUGAGUUUUGAUGUAUUGCCUGAUGAUUUGGGUAAUUCAAGGGAGGAUUAUCCCUUAACUAUGUAUAUAGUUGCUGGCACACAAGCUGCACAAGCUCACGUUAAUAAUGUUCUUGUUAUGAAAAUGUCUAAUUUAUAUGGUAAUAAGCAACAUUCAGAAGAUUCAGAGAGUGAAUCAAGUGAUUCAGAAGAUGAGGAAUAUAGUCCAACAAUGAGUGUUGUAUCUAUAAGACAUCAAGGAUGCAUUAAUAGAAUAAGAUGUACAAAAGUUCAUGAAGUACCUCUAGCCGCCAGUUGGAGCGAAUUGGGUCGUGUAAAUGUAUGGGAUUUACGAGAGCAGUUAACUGCCAUUGAGCAUCCUAGCUCGCUUGCUGCAUAUCGUAAGAAGUGUGACAAAGAAAAAGGUGGAGGCGUCAAACCGCUCUUCAUAUUCAAAGGUCAUCUAUCUGAAGGAUUUGCCUUAGACUGGUGCCCAAUGAAACCAGGCGACUUAGCGUCCGGCGAUUGUAAAGGCAAUAUUCAUAUAUGGCGAAUCGGUACUGACAGUCCAACGUGGCAAAUAGACCAAAGACCAUUCAAUUCGCAUGCGCCACACAGCGUGGAGGAUUUGCAGUGGUCGCCAUGCGAAAGGGAUGUACUCGCAUCGUGUUCGGUGGAUAAAACCAUCAAAAUUUGGGAUAUACGAGCGAGUCCACACAAGGCGUGCAUGCUGACGGCGUCCGGUGCUCAUCAGGCAGACAUCAAUGUAAUCUCAUGGAGUCGGAUAGAGAGCCAGUUCAUAGUGUCGGGAGGAGACGACGGGUUGCUCUGUAUAUGGGAUCUGCGGCUUCUCGGUUCUUCCAAUAAAGCAGACCCGAUAGCUACCUUCAAGCAUCAUACUGCGCCCAUCACUACUGUCGAGUGGCAUCCCACGGAGAGCACGGUAUUCGCUUCUGGAGGUGCUGACAAUCAAAUCGCCCAAUGGGACUUGUCCGUAGAAACAGAUUCCUUGGAUGUCGAACAAAACGACGAGUUAACCAAACUGCCGCCCCAGCUGUUAUUCAUACAUCAGGGUCAAUCAGAUAUCAAAGAGUUACAUUGGCAUCCACAAUGCCCAGGAACUAUGAUAUCAACUGCACACUCAGGUUUCAAUGUAUUUCGCACGAUUAGUGUAUAAUGGAUUUAUGAUGACUCAUAAAAUGACAUAUUACAUUAUAUAUUUUACAAAAUAUCUGUGCUAUUUCUAUCCUCUAUUCAGUUUCUUACUCGAAGAAAUACUCGUUUCUUCUCUGUAAUUCUUAUCUGAGAAAUCAUCGAGUGUCUCAUAAAUAUAAACGAUGUAAAAAAUAUAUAAUUUAU